AGCUCCAUCUUCUAGCUUCUUCUUCAUUUCCUUCCCUUCUGCUUUCAGCUUCUCUCUCUAAGAGUAGUAGUAAUGGCUCCUUCUUCCUCCUCAUUUAGUACCACUUUGUCUGUGUUUCUUUUGGUUCUGGUUGGGAUGGCCUCAGCUCAGCUAUCCUCAACUUACUAUAAUACUUCAUGUCCCAACGUCCUCUCAACCAUCAAGUCUGCAGUUAACUCUGCUGUGGCCAAUGAACGUCGAAUGGGAGCUUCCCUUCUUCGUCUACAUUUCCAUGAUUGCUUUGUCAAUGGUUGCGAUGCAUCUAUUCUGUUGGAUGAUACGUCGACAUUCACCGGAGAGAAGACGGCCAAACCAAAUAACGGAUCAGUCCGAGGGUUUGAAGUGAUCGACACUAUCAAAUCCAAAGUCGAAAGCAUCUGCCCCGGCGUUGUCUCCUGUGCUGAUAUUGUUGCUAUUGCUGCUCGUGAUUCAGUCGUUGCUUUGGGUGGGCAAUCCUGGACUGUUCAGCUAGGAAGAAGAGAUUCGACCACAGCAAGUUUAAGCACGGCAAACAGUGACAUCCCUGCCCCUUCCUUGAAUCUAAGUGGCCUUAUCUCUGCCUUCUCCAAAAAGGGUUUCACUGCUAAGGAAAUGGUGGCUCUAUCAGGAUCUCACACCAUAGGCCAAGCUAGGUGCACAAAUUUCAGAGCUCGUAUCUAUAAUGAGACCAACAUUGAUCAAUCCUUUGCAUCAUCGCUCAAGUCAAAUUGCCCGAGCACCGGUAGUGACAACAAUCUCUCCCCUCUUGAUGCUAUAAGCCAAACUACCUUUGAUAAUGCUUAUUACAAGAACCUGGUGAGGGAGAAGGGAUUGUUACACUCGGACCAACAGCUCUACAGUGGUGGCUCCACUGAUUCUCAGGUUACCACCUAUAGUACAAGCUCCUCCACUUUCUUAACUGAUUUUGCAAAUGCAAUGGUCAAGAUGGGAAAUCUCAGUCCACUCACAGGGACUAGUGGCCAGAUUAGAACCAAUUGCAGGAAGACCAAUUAGUAUGAUCAGCCCUUGUUAACCAGCUCUUCCUUUUUUUUUUCUUUCCCCUUCGUGAUAAGCGUUAGAAAUGGUCUUGAUCAUGACAUGAAAUGUAGUUAAUACGUAAUAGGAAUAAGGAUUUAUGACGCUUUUGAAUUCCAGUUAUAUGCUUACUGGAGACCCAUUUUAUUGUUUUAUUACCUUGGUAUCCUUGUAGAUGUUGAGAGUGGGAAGUAUAUGAUUUUGGGAAAGUUCUCUUUUCCACGCCCAAA